AAUUAACAUAAGUAAUUGUUGGGUAGCAUCACAUAAAAUGGCCACCAGCAGCUGGCACCGCGUCUUAGUGCUAACCUUGAUUUUCCUGUUAAAUUGCCAGCAACACAGCGCCACGCCCAGCAAGCGCAUAAUCUAUCGAUUCACCGAUUGCACCGCCGAGCAGUUAUUGCAUUUGCCUAAGCUCUCCGCGGUCUUUGAGUUAUCUGCUGUGACUUGCAACAUUACAACGCUUCCGAAUGCCUACUUCACGCGUUUCAGCGCACUCACAGUGCUGGAGCUGAGAGAAAGCGGCCUGGCAACGAUAGAGGAUUAUGCGCUCAGCGGGCUGGAUCAGCUGCAGUGGAUGUCGCUGGCUGGGAAUUACAUUACCAAAGUCAAACCAUGGGCCAGGGAGCCACUGAAAGCGCUAAACAGCCUCGAUUUGGAGGGAAAUGCAAUAAGAACUUUGAACGGGGAAAGUUUCAUUUGCUAUCCGAAUCUGCAUUAUUUAAGUUUGGCUGCUAAUCUGCUAGAGCGCAUCAGCAGCGAUGUAUUCGCAUAUGUGCCACAUUUGAAGCAUUUGAAUCUGGCGCAAAAUCGCUUAACUGUCAUUGGCUCGUCAUAUUUCCGUGGCAUGCAACAUCUAGCGCACUUGGCAUUGCACCAUAAUGCGAUAGAGCGCAUAGAAGCCGACAGCUUUGAGUCAAAUGCACAUCUGCGUUCGCUGCGCUUAGACGGCAAUAAGCUGAAGGAUUUGGAAUUUCUUCGCAACAGGGCUUUGACGCGUCUGCUGAAUUUGAAUUUAUCGCAUAACCAAAUUGAAACGCUUGACGUCUUCGCGUCCAGCGAGUGGGCGGUAAUCGACUUGGAUGUGAGCCAUAAUCGGUUGGAGGAGCUGAAAGGGGAUACACUCAAAGGAUUGGCAGGAGUUGUGCACCUCAAUCUCAGCGGCAAUGCACUUCGCCUGCUGGCAACCUCUUGUCUCGACAAGCUCAUCAAUCUAGAAACGAUCGACCUGUCCGCCAACAAUUUGACCCAAGUACCGGUUGGACUCUUUGAUGCGCCCACCCAGCUGCAGCGUGUCAAUUUGUCACGUAAUGCACUGCCGGACAUUCAUGCAACCCUCUUCGCUCAGCUGCCGUAUCUGCGCCUGUUGGAUAUGUCACACAAUCAAUUGUCGUCCGGAGCAUUCAUCGUUCAUUUCUCGCCGCUCCUGCCGCGUUCGGCACUUACAUUGGAUUUAAGUGAAAAUCACUUAACGCGACUUGAUACCGACGCCAUGGAUGCGUUGCAUGUUUGUAGCGAGCGUGUGGAGUUGUUCGGCAACUGGUGGCAUUGCGAAUGGCUCAUUGUUGAGUUGGUGCGCGCGCCAGCCCACUUUCACUUCGGGCGUAACUACUCGCUGGUGGCGUCAUGGAGUAGAGCGCUGCUCAACGUGAGUGGCAUCGAUUGCUAUGAUGUCGAACGUAAGCGCAGUAUUGUGGUGCUCGAUGCCGGACGAUUGUGGGAGCAGCGUCAUACAGUAAAUACUGCCGAGCAGACGACGUUCCUUGAUCCGGCAAUGCCAACACCUCCGCCGUUAGUUUGGCCGCGUGUGCGCAUGGACCGCUUCGACUCGCGCUCGAUUAUCAUAUGGAUGCUGAUUGCUAUCGGUUUGGCGUUCACCGGACUGCGUAUAUUGCGGCAGUUGAUCGAUAGGCGGGAACAAGCCAAGCGACUGACAAAAUUGCGCGAAAUGAAGACAAAGGAGCUGGUGAGACUAACGACGAAUCAACUGACCGUGCAUUCUGACCACCGCUAAUUUUUUAAGAUAUUUCGCGAUUUAAAUGAGCGACUAAGGUAUUUUUAAACGUUUUUUAGCAAGUAAUCGAUGAAAAUUAAUAAGAAUACAGAACUAAGAAUAAAUUGAAAAAAAAAUUUAUGAAAUAGCUGUAACAAAAACUUUUCAAUAAAGCAUAU